CAAAAUUCUACGCCCAGUCCUAGCCUCAUAAAGGCUCCCUUGCAGCUCGAAUAUGGCCAAACUCUCGCAAGCCGCACGACUUUCUCCUCUCUCUUUCUUCCUCUUUCUUUCCGAGCUGUGCUCGUGUUCUCUCAUUCUCCCUAGCCCACUCUCUACAGUCUAGUCCUUGAGUAGUGCUUGACGCACACUUUCCGUACCAACCUUCCUUACGACACGGUAUUCUUCAAAGAUGCGAUUCGCCUCAUUAACGACCCUUGCCUGUGGUGCUGUCUUCGUCCAAUCUGCUCCAUUGAGGCAGCACAAGCGCAUUGCCCAAGUUAUCUCUGACUCUACCACUAAAUGGGAAGCUGCCUGCGAUGCGGCUGGUGGCGGCUCACAGUGCAAUACCAUUUCUGUUAAUGCCUUCGGCACGCUUCUUGCUGCGCCGCCAGCCUGUGCCCAGCAGGAUGCUGCGGACCAGAUGAUCGACUUGGCCAAGCAGCUCAACAACAACGCAGACAUGAUCUCCCUCGCUCAGAUCUUUGCUCAGCAGCCUCGCAACUCACCUACUUCUCAGGCGGUCCCCUACUGUCAGUCCGCGCCCAAGAAUGCGGAGCUAAACGGCCUUUUCCAAUGUCAGUUCCAAGGUGCAGACGAGAAGACCUUUGUCGGUGGUGUUGCGGUUGGCGGCAACGGUACGAUCCCCUUCGGCAUGUCCUCCCCCGUCUCUCCUGCGGGCUCUUGCUCUGCCAAUCCAUCUGGACCAAUCCCUGAUGGCCAGCAACUCGUCGACAUUACUCAGAAUCCCGGCGCUAGCAGUACUGGAGGCUCGAGCGGCUCGGGCUCCAACUCUACGAGUACGGGCUCUUCAUCCAGUGGCUCUAGCGAUACGAGCGCGACUGCGACCGCCACGGGCGCCGCUGGAGCCAGUACCUCUGCUGUGUCUUCCACUGCUACCGGAUCUACCGGAUCUUCGUCUGCUUCUGACCCUUCCUCUACCGGAAGUAGUACGGUUGGCACCGGCAGCUCGGGCAACACCACGGGCAGUACUAGUGGUAGUGAGGGUGGAAGCAGCAGCUUCUUGCUCUCAAACGGCCAGGAAGCCCAGAAACAGAACGCACAAUUUGCUUCGUUGACCUCAAGCUCCAGCUGCACUGAGGGUGAGAAUGCAUGUGUUCAGGGCUCUUUCGCGCAAUGUGUCAACGGCAAAUUCGAGACGACGUCGUGUGGCUCCGGCUUGACCUGCGCAGCUCUUCCUCUCGUCAACUCUCAGGGUACUUCCAUCACCUGUACGACGACAGCCGAUGCUGCUGCCCGCAUCGCUGCGACUGGCGCUCAGGGAGGUAUCGAUGGAAGCGGGUCCUCGAAUGCGACUGGUACUGCAACCGGUAGCGCCAGUGGAUCCAUUGGCACCACGACCGCUGCUAAUCCAGCUUCGAGUGGGGCUGUCGCCGUGAGCACGGGCAACACGAGUGACAGCCAGAGCUUCCUGCUUUCCAACGGGCAGGGAGCCCAGAAACAGAACGCUCAAUUUGCUUCGCUAACUACCAGCUCCAGCUGCACUGAGGGCGAGAACGCUUGCGUUCAGGGUUCCUUUGCCCAGUGUGUUGACGGAAAUUUCGAGACAAGCUCGUGUGGCUCCGGUUUAACCUGCGCUGCACUUCCCCUUGUAAACUCGCAGGGAACAUCCGUCACCUGUACUACGACAGCCGACGCUGCUUCCCGCAUUGCUGCGACUGGCGCUCAAGGAGGUAUCGACGGGACCGGUUCUUCGUCCUGAGGGCGAUGAUUCCCGCAUCAUCAAAACUCUACUUAUCUGUGACGGUAGGUCCGCAAUCUCGCCAGACAACGAUUUCUGGUAGAUUUAUUCUAGCACUUAACAAAUGUUGUCACUUUAAGAAUGUCUUAGUUUUACAUCGGGUUCCGGAUCCUUUUACACUAACGACGUCGGCUUGCGAUAAUAAACGAUGCGGACGCCAGAAAAAACAUCUCUAUGUUUUAUCUCAUCGGAUUUACCCAAAAUUUGUGGACAUUCUGAUCCCUUGCGAGAGAACGUGGAUAGGAGGGAAAAAUGUAAAUGCAAUG